GCACAGCCUAUAGCUCCGCCCGUCGGGAGGAAGGAGUAGCCCCGCUGUACCAGCUGCCUUCCUCUACUCGCUUCCCUUGCCGUCCUCCUCGCCUCCUUCGCCGCGGCCCCCCUCAUCCGGCGUCGUCUUCCGCCGUCCGCCGCCGGGACACCCAAAGUUCCAACUUCCAGAUCUUGUUUCUUCGAUAGAAUAUGUCGUGCUUUGGAUGCUGUGGUGAUGAAGAUGCACAAGGAGUUCCAGACUCCAGGAAUCCGUACCCAGGACACCAUCCAGCAAGGACUGAUGCAUACCGCCCUGCUGAUCAACCUCCCAAGGGUCCUCAGCCUGUCAAAAUGCAACCCAUUGCAGUCCCUGCCAUUCCUGUGGAUGAGAUUAGGGAGGUGACUAAGGGUUUUGGUGAUGAAGCUCUGAUUGGUGAGGGCUCCUUUGGAAGAGUAUAUUUUGGUGUUCUAAGAAAUGGUAGGAGUGCGGCGGUCAAAAAGCUGGAUUCCAAUAAGCAGCCCGACCAAGAAUUCUUGGCGCAGGUGUCUAUGGUGUCAAGGUUGAAGCACGAAAAUGUUGUUGAGUUGCUUGGUUAUUGCGCUGAUGGGACCCUACGUGUCCUUGCUUACGAGUUUGCUACUAUGGGCUCUCUUCAUGAUAUGCUUCAUGGAAGAAAAGGUGUUAAAGGAGCUCAGCCUGGUCCAGUUUUAUCAUGGGCACAACGUGUGAAGAUAGCUGUCGGGGCAGCAAAGGGGCUUGAGUAUCUUCAUGAGAAAGCACAGCCCCAUAUCAUACACCGAGACAUCAAAUCCAGCAAUGUUCUUCUUUUUGAUGAUGAUGUAGCUAAAAUAGCUGACUUUGAUUUGUCAAACCAAGCUCCUGACAUGGCAGCUCGGCUUCACUCUACUAGGGUGCUUGGAACAUUCGGAUAUCAUGCGCCUGAGUAUGCAAUGACUGGACAACUUAGCUCCAAGAGCGAUGUGUAUAGCUUCGGAGUUGUUCUUCUCGAGUUGUUGACUGGAAGGAAACCUGUCGACCAUACCUUGCCAAGGGGACAGCAGAGUCUUGUGACAUGGGCUACCCCAAGGCUUAGUGAAGACAAGGUUAGACAAUGUGUUGACUCAAGACUUGGAGGAGACUAUCCUCCUAAAGCUGUUGCAAAGUUUGCAGCUGUUGCCGCAUUGUGUGUUCAAUACGAAGCGGACUUCCGGCCAAACAUGAGCAUCGUGGUCAAGGCGCUCCAGCCCCUGCUGAAUGCUCGGGCGACUAACCCCGGAGAAAAUGCCAGAUCAUAAGUUUCACUUCACCCUUACCUCCCCCCCCCCCCCCUCCUUGUAUGAUAGAUAAGUAAGACAUUUGAGUCGACAAUGUCGUUCUUGCGGACGUGUGGCUGGCAGCGUGUAACAUUUGUGAUUAUUCUUCCCCCGAGUUGUAAACAUCAAGAUUCUUGUACCCCCACAACAUUUGACUCUUUCUAUCGGUUGCAAGAUGACAUAUUUAUUGGUGGCGUAUCA